AUGGUCAGUUUGGAUUUUGCACUCAAGAUUGCAACAAUACCAUAUCCAGUGCUUUCAUGUAUCAUUCAGUACUACACUAUUGGAACCCCGUUCUCAAGGACCAAUAAAGAGUUUAAAAAUUCGCUUUACAAGAAUAUAUUGUUGAGCAUUGAGUACCAUGUCUCGGGAAAUUACCACAAGAAUGAUAUGAAGUUGGUUGUGUACCAGCCUAUUGAGAAAGUCAUCAAGAAAUUCAAUAAGCACUUGUUGGCUAAGCAAUUGAAUGCAUUUGGAACCAAAUUCGACGAUCACAGCUAUUGGAUACACAAGGCCGAAGUUCCCAAAGAAGAAACAAAUGUUCUCAUCUACCUCCAUGGCGGUGGCUAUUUGCUCAACAUGUUUGAGUCGCAAUUUGUAUUCAUCACGGCGUUGCACUAUGCACUUGAUGACAAUGCCGCUGCCAAAACAUCCAUUAUGAUUAUCGAUUAUUCAUUGACCAUGUUUGAUAAUGAGUAUCCUACCCAGCUAUUCGAAUGCUUAACCACUUAUAAAAACUUGGUUCAAGAUGGAUACAAGAAUAUCAUCUUGCUUGGUGAUUCUGCUGGUGCACACAUGUCCUUGUCAUUGGCCAGAGCCAUUGCGUACCCUGAAGAAGUCAAGGAACAAUUAGAGCCAUUCCCCAAAUACAAACUCAACUUCAAUGUCUCUGAACUUCCGCAACCAAAGGCAUUGAUCUUGGAUGCCCCAUGGGUCCAGCCUUGUACUAAACCCACAAUUCCAACAAGACAUGGCGUUAGCACUUGGGGUGAUCUAGGAGCAUUGGAUAUCAGUUUAGGUACUUUUUACCUCGGUAAAAACGAUCCAAAGUUCAUCAACAAUUUCCUUACUUUUACAAACACAAAUUGGGAAGACCACUGGGCAAAAGUCGAUCCCAUCAACAACGGUAAUACAAUGAUGAUUGUUGGUGAAAGGGAAAUCUUACGUGACAGUGCUGAGGACUUUUACAACUUGGUCAAUAAGAAAGGAAGUAUAGAGUACCACACUGAGCCUGGUGGAAUUCAUGCGGGUGUGGUUUACGUCGAAUCUUUAGAUUAUACCUCAAAGAAAGGUGCUAAGCGCGCAAUCGCGGGCGAUUUCAAGGACAAGUAUGGCUUCAACUUGAUUGCCGAUUUCAUCAAUAAGCGCUCUAGUUAA